CCCGUUAUCUCGAGCAGAAAUCCAGGUAGCAUCCAUUAUCGUCAUCAUCAUAAUACAACGGGUUUCGAGUAUCAAGAACAUUCAAUUCCAAAAGCAGCACCGACCAUGGCCACCGAACAGUCUGGAUUUCCCACCCUCGUUCCCGCACUCAUCACCAAGGUCAACAUUGGCGAUGUGAACCCAUUAGGUGUUAUCCACAAUGGAUCAACAGUGACACACUUUGGGACCCCGACCGGAACCAUUGAAACAGUCACUGGCUUCGAGCCCGCAUUCAAGGCCAACGUCAACUGGGGCGCUGACUGGCUCUCCUUUGACCCAGAUGGUCAACACGCCCGGAUUAAUCUGAAAGGAAUUGCCCGAACCGAACAAGGACAUUCCAUCGACUUCCGCUACAAGGGGGUCAUCCGAAUGGCUGACGAUGUCAAAAAGAUCUUUGAGUUCAAGCCGGACAUGGCCACGGUGCCCUUUGGGUACGCAACUGGGGCACAUUCCUUUGUGGUCGCCGAUCCUGCCCUCAAGGAAAUCGAGAACAGCACAUUUGUAAGCAAUGGUCGGAUUAUUGUCCACGAGAAGGGAUUGACCGUGGAGACGAGACAAUCCAAGGUGGUCCCGGCGGCGGUGAUGAACUGA